CCGAACGGAGGGAGAGAGGGUGGGGCCGAGCUCGGGCUCUGCCGCGCGCAGAGGGCGUGUCACGCACGGCGGCAGCGACCCGGCCGGGGGACGGCUCUGGCCGCUUCUCCUCCAGGCUCUGAGUGAAGUUACUUAGAAGGGCGGGGGAGGACCGACUCUGCCGGGAAGAUGGCGGCGCCCGUGUCGCCCUUGGUUACCGCUGCCAGACACGCAGCCCGCCUGCUGCCGGCUCGGGCCGCGGCCCCGCAGAGAGCAUACACAAUUCAGGCAGCUGAGAACAUAGCCCCUAAUACUCUAGCAGAUGCUAACUCUAGGGCCUUGUUGGUUUGCAAUGGACCUUUAGAACACUAUGACUUUCUGAUCAAAGCAGAAGAGCUGGGGAAUGAUGAACAACAACGAAGAGUUGUACAGUGCUUGCAGAAGUUACAUGAGAGCCUUAAAGGCUACAGUAUCAGUCCAAACAAUCUUCUGUCAAAGCUCUUUGCAAAAAGCAAACCUCCGAAAGGUCUUUACAUCUAUGGAGAUGUAGGCACAGGAAAGACAAUGGUGAUGGACAUGUUUUAUUCUCAUAUAGAAGUAGAGAAGAAAAAGAGAGUCCAUUUUCAUGGUUUCAUGCUAGAUGUACACAAAAGAAUACAUCGUCUUAAACAGAGCUUGCCUAAAAGGAAGCCAGGACUAAUGGCCAAGUCAUAUGAUCCAAUAGCCCCUAUAGCUGAGGAAAUAAGUGAGGGGGCCUGUCUCUUGUGUUUUGAUGAAUUUCAAGUCACUGACAUUGCUGAUGCCAUGAUUCUGAAACAGCUUUUUGAAAAUCUGUUCCAAAACGGGGUUGUCGUUGUGGCAACAUCCAAUAGGCCACCUGAAGACCUCUAUAAAAAUGGGCUUCAGAGAGCAAACUUUGUACCAUUCAUCGCUGUGCUGAAGAAAUACUGCAGCACAAUCCAACUUGAUUCUGGAAUAGAUUAUAGGAAACGGGUUCUUCCUGCAGCAGGGAAACUUUACUACCUCACAAGUGAAGCUGAUGUGGAGGCUGUCAUGGAUAAGUUGUUUGAUGAGCUGGCUCAGAAACAAAAUGAUUUAACUAGACCAAGGAUUCUAAAAGUGCAAGGCAGAGAGCUGAAGCUGAAUAAAGCUUGUGGAACCAUUGCAGACUUCACAUUUGAAGAGCUAUGUGACAGACCAGUUGGAGCUAGCGACUAUUUGGAAAUAUCUAAGAAUUUUGACACAGUCUUUGUUCGUAACAUACCACUAUUUACCAUAGCAAAAAGGACCCAAGCUCGCCGCUUCAUUACUCUUAUUGAUACAUUUUAUGAUCAUAAGAUACGCAUUAUUUGUUCUGCACUGACACCUCUCCAAAGCUUGUUUCCGCUAGAGCAUCAUGACAGUGGCCUGGAGGAAAGCAGAAUACUGAUGGAUGAUUUGGGGUUGAGCCAGGAUUCAGCUGGAGGACUUUCCAUGUUUACAGGAGAGGAGGAAAUCUUUGCAUUUCAACGAACUAUCUCACGACUUACAGAAAUGCAGACUGAACAAUAUUGGAAAGAUGGGGACAGAAGCAAGAAAUAGUUGUAGCUCAAAGAUGAACAAAACCUCUGAGAACACAAAAAUAGUAUAUAAAGAAAAAAGAUUCUAAUAGAAUUGGAAGCAUUUUUAAUAUAAAUGAAUUGAUUAUUAUUGCACUUAUCCUCUGGACCAUAACUUUUCAUCUGCAAUGUUGCCAUUUCAAAUUUAAGAGCUUCGUAAAUUGUGGUUUUUGUUUUGGUUUAGGUUUCUUUGACACCCGCAGCUUGUGGAUCUGUUAUUAUGCCUUUUAUAUUUCAGUUUUUUUGUCCGGUACAGCAUGACUUCAGUAUUCAACAUGGUUAACUGGUUAACUUCUUAGUCUGCUGCUCAAGUCAACCAUAUAGGCAGGGGUCACAGUAAAUCAGGGAUGCACAUCUUAGUGGUUUAUGCACUAUUUUUGUCAUAUUUAUGAGAGCUUGCACAAAAAGAAAGAUCAAAGCCACACAAAUCCAAUUUACUUGUAUUUUUUACUCUGCUCCCUCUAGAGUCAGUCUGUAAGAUUCUAGAACUCCUGUGUCCUAUCUUUUUAUUUUCGUAACUCUGACUUGUAGCCAUCUGCUGAACUUCAAAUUUCCUCUCUUCUACUGCAAGGAUAUGCUUCACUCUCUGAUAGUUUCCUGAGGUACAUAUUGUUUGCUGUCAAUCUAAUGAGGCUGCUGCUCCAUCUUACUGCCUGAAAGCCAAGGGCCUGAUCCUGGGGACGGGAUGAGCCCUAGCCGGAGGUGAGGGUACUUGUCACCUUAGAGGUCCAAGUUAAAAAUGGUGACUAAAUAAAAAAAAAAUAAAUAAACUAUGCAAGGGAGAGAGU